AUGGAAGGAGGAGUUUUCUCUGCUCAGGGUCAGAAGCCUACUUAUCUUCUUCUUCUCCUUCAUAUUUUCCUGCUUGCUUUGCUUCCAUUCAAGGCCAUUUCAUCACCAAAAACACGGGCAGAAGCUUUGCUAACUUGGAAGAACACCUUUGCUUCUGCACCACCUUCUCUCACUUCAUGGUCCCUCACUAACCUCAACAAUCUUUGCAACUGGACUGCCAUUGUUUGUGACCACAGCACCAAACAAGUUUCCCAAAUUGACCUCUCCAACUUCAACAUCUCUGCAACACUAACCCAUUUCAACUUCACCCCAUUUCUCAAUCUCACCCAAUUCAACCUCUAUGGCAACAAUUUCACAGGGCCUGUGCCAUCUGCCAUUGGCAACCUCUCCAAGCUCACAACUUUGGACUUGGGCGACAACUACUCUUUCGAUAAAAUACCUGUGGAGAUAGGCAAGUUAACAGAGCUCAAGUAUCUGAGUUUCGAUAAAAUUCUUAUACCAUCUUGGAUUGGAUCAAACAUAUCAACUGGUCAAAACAGACUCAACACCAUGAAACGAGUUCAGAAGCCUCCUCCGUUUCUUCUUCUUCUCCUUCAUAUUUUCUUCUUGUCCUUACUUCCGUUGAAGGCCGCCACCUCAUCACCAAGAACACAGGCAAAAGCUCUCAUACACUGGAAAAGCAGCUUUCAUAAUUCAUCAUCUUUACCACCACAUGGUGAUCUCAGUUCAUGGUCUCUCACCAACCUAGACAACCUCUGUAACUGGACUGGCAUUGUCUGCGACCACAACACCAAAACAGUUGCCCAAAUUGACCUCUCCAACUUCAACAUCACUGCAACACUAAUCCAAUUCAACUUCACUACAUUUCUCAACCUCACCCAAUUCAUCCUAUACAACAACUAUUUCAGAGGGCCUAUACCAUCAGCCAUUGGCAACCUCUCCAAGCUCACAACUUUGGACUUGGGCUACAACAAUUUUGGUGAAGAAAUACCUGCGGAGAUAGCCAACUUAACAGAGCUUGGGUAUUUAAGUUUCUAUGGAAACUAUCUCCGGGGCACAAUUCCCUAUCAGCUCAGCAAUCUCCAGAAGGUACAAUUUUUACAUCUUGGAGGCAACUACUUGGAAACUGCCGACUGGUCUGUAUUUUCCGGCAUGCCUUCUUUGACAUACCUUGAUUUUUCCUGGGCUAGUCUUGAUUCAGAAUUCCCAGAAUUCAUAUCUAAAUGUUCGAACUUGACAUUCCUGGACUUGUCUCAAAAUGCUUUCACUGGUCAAAUACCAGAACUGGUAUUUACCAAUCUGGGCAAGCUUGAAUAUCUCAACCUCACUAGUAACAGCUUCCAAGGACCAUUGCCAUCAAACUUUCCCAAGCUCAAACACCUUCAUUCAGCAGAGAACAACUUCAGUGGUCCAAUUCCUGAAGAUAUUGGUUUGAUAUCUGGUCUUCAAAGUAUUGACUUGGCUUGGAAUUUCCUUGAAGGGAAAAUUCCAUCAUCUAUAGGCCAACUAAGGGAACUCCAGUACCUUGAUCUUCGUAAUAAUUUCUUAAACUCUUCAAUCCCUUCUGAGCUUGGUCUUUGUACCAACCUCACCUACUUGAACCUGACUUCCAAUCACCUUGAAGGGAAAAUUCCAUCCUCUAUAGGCCAACUGAGGGAGCUUCAGCACCUUGAUCUUCAAAUGAAUUCCUUAGACUCUUCAAUCCCAUCUGAGCUUGGUUUUUGUACCAACCUCACCUACUUGGACCUGUCUUCCAAUCACCUUGAAGGGAAAAUUCCAUCCUCUAUAGGCCAACUCAGGGAGCUUCAGAACCUUUAUCUUCAAAUGAAUUCCUUAAACUCUUCAAUCCCUUCUGAGCUUGGUUUUUGUUUCAGCCUCACCUACUUGGAUCUUUCGAGAAACCAGCUCUCUGGGUCAAUUCCUCUAACACUAAGCAACCUUGCACAUAUUCAGAGCUUAGAUCUUUCCAACAACAAUCUCAAUGGCUCAUUCCCGACAGAGAUUGCCUUCCCACUCCUGGGGAAUUUUUAUUUGUCUCAAAACAAUUUCACAUACAAUACUUUUGUUGGAAACUCUGACUUGUGUAGAGAUGCUAGGGGCCUAUCUAGAGCGUGCAAUUCCAAAAAAAAUAACAAGAAAGUUAUAAUUGGUGUCCUUGUACCUGUUUGUGUUAUAUCAGUGGUUGCAAUUACAAUUGCUCUGAUUCUUAUGUUCCAUAAGAAAACCAAGUGUGCACUUAAGAAAAUCAAUAGUACUGCUCAAAACUUUGAGAAUUUUGUGUCAAUGAUAUUGCAAGAAGAAGUAAAAUUUACGUUUGGGGAAGUUGUAAAGGCCAUAGACGAUUUUCAUGAGAAGUACUGUAUUGGAAAAGGAGGAUUUGGAAGAGUAUACAAGGCAGAGUUGCUAUCAGGUCAAGUUGUGGCAGUUAAGAGGCUUAACAUGUCAGACUCUAACGACAUUCCAGCAAUCAAUCUCCAAAGUUUCGAGAAUGAAAUAAGAACUUUAACAAAUCUCCGACAUAGGAACAUCAUUCAGCUAUACGGGUUCUGUUCAAGGAGGGAAUGCAUCUUCUUGCUCUAUGAAUAUUUAGAGAGAGGCAGCCUGGGAAAGGCAUUGUAUGGGGUUGAAGGGGUAACAGAACUUGGAUGGGCUACAAGGGUCAAAGUUGUGAAAGGAUUAGCUCAUGCACUUUCUUACUUGCACCAUGACUGCUCUCCACCAAUUGUGCACCGUGAUGUAACUGUCAACAAUGUAUUGCUCGAGUCAGAUUUCGAAGCCCGACUUUCUGAUUUUGGAACAGCAAGACUGAUUAGUGCCAAUUCAUCCAACUGGACCCAUAUUGUUGGCUCAUUUGGCUACAUGGCACCAGAGCUUGCAUUGACAAUGCGAGUCACGGAUAAGUGUGAUGUGUAUAGCUUUGGGGUGGUGGCGCUGGAAGUUAUGAUGGGAAGGCACCCAGGGGAUCUGCUAGAAUCCCAGCUAUCAAAAUCAUCAAAAUCAAUGACGGAGGACAAUGCAGAGUUGCUUUUGAAGGAUUUGUUAGACCAAAGGCUGGAGGCUCCAAGCAAUGAAUUGGCAAAGGCAGUGGUGGUUGUGAUGAGUUUAGCCUUGGGUUGUAUACGUACGCGUCCCGGGUCUCGACCUACAAUGCUUUAUGUAGCACAAAAACUAUCAGCCCAUAGUCUGCCUUCCCUUCCUGAACCAUUUGGCAUGUUAACCCUCAACAAGCUGAUGGGGAUAUAA